CAAUGGCAUUUAAGUUUACAUCUGUCACAAUUUGAUGGUGUCUAUCAUUUUUGUCUUUGAUUACGAUAAGCAUAUUCAGUCAACAUAUUAAGUGAAAACACUGCAGGAAAAAGGACAGCGGUCUGAAAAGAUGAUCCGACUUCCGCCUAUGUUCUUCAUGGCGUUACAAGCCGUAUUAACAAACUAUGUUACCCAGCUUGGCAAUGAUCGUCCAUUACAUCGACCACUCUGUCCAUCGUAUGAUUAUAUAAUAGUUGGCGGUGGGACAUCCGGUUCUGUUUUGGCUUCUCGUUUGUCAGAUGGUCCGGAAUCCAUUUUGUUGGUUGAAGCUGGAAGAUCUGAUUUAGAAAACGAUAAUGUUCCUGUCCCAGCGUAUGCUGGAAAUAUUCAACAGACACAAGACGACUGGAACUAUUUUUCCGUGCCUCAAGAAAGAACUGGACUUGCCAUGGAAAAUAGGCGUGAAUAUUGGCCACGUGGGAAAAUACUUGGUGGUUGUAGUUCUACCGGAUUUUCCAGUCAUCACAGAGGAUCUGUUAUAGAUUAUGAUGAAUGGGCGGCUGAAGGAGCAACAGGCUGGAGUUACAGAGAUGUUCUUCCCUAUUUUCUGAAAUCGGAGGAUAUGGAAAUUCCAGAGUUAGCACAAUCACCAUUUCAUUCGACUGGUGGACCACUGACCAUAACGAAUGGAGCCUCCACGCCAGUACAACAGUUUUUUGAAGCAGCUGCAUCAGAAUUGCAGUUUCCUAAAAUAGACUGUAAUGGACCAGACUCGAUUGGAUCUUGUCCCAUGCAAAGUAACAUAAAAGAUGGUACAAGGUGUAGUAGUGUUAGCUGUUUUCUUAGAAGAUACCUCGACCGUCCAAACCUUCAAGUUUCUGUACAUACUCACGGUUCCAAGGUAAUCAUCCGAGACGGACGAGCUGUAGGUGUCGAAGUUAUAAAGAAUGAAAGACGGUUACAAAUAUUUGCUAACAAAGAGGUUAUUUUAUCUGCUGGAAUUAUCAAUACGCCUCAAAUACUAAUGUUGUCCGGAAUUGGACCAGCAUGUCAUUUGAGAAGGUUUGGGAUACCAGUGGAGUCAGACUUGCCAGUUGGGAAUAAUUUACAGGAUCAACUAACGAUUUUAAUGCAUUACACCAUCGAUACGAAUAUUACGUACUCGUCAGAAAGAUUGAGCAGUCCUGCAAGUAUCGCUGAAUGGCUCGUAUCGAAAACUGGAAUUCUAUCUCGGGCUGGUGCAGAUGGGACCUUGAUGGCAAGAACAGGACCAUCUCCAAAUUUACCUUUGAACUAUCCAGAUAUUUGGGUAUUUGGUUUAAGCUAUGCAUCUGAUAAAGAAAAUGUCGAGAAAGGCUUCAAAUUUAAUUUCCGACCUGAUGUAAUUAGAAAUCAAGUGCAAAAUGCCGAUUCAUCUGGUUUCAACCUGUUUCCAUUACUCGUGCGACCUGAAAGUAAAGGCACUAUUCGCUUAAGUUCAACCAAUCCACGGGCAGCACCACUAAUCAACCCUAAUCACUUAGCAACAACUAAUGACGUCGAUACAAUGUUACGAGGAAUAAGACUUAUACAGAGACUUGUAGCUACUCAAUCAUUUGGAAGGAUCAUGCCAAGAUUUGUACGAAGAGACUUCGGAGGUAUAUGCCAACAACGAUUUGAUACUGAUGAGUACUGGAGAUGUAUGUUGCAUCAUUUUAGUCAUCAUAUCUAUCAUGCUUGCUGUACCAACAGGAUGGGAAAUAGAAAUGACCCCUCUGCCGUAGUUGAUCCUGAAUUGAGGGUGAAAGGAAUACAGAAUUUACGUGUUGUUGACGCAUCUGUGAUGAGGAAUCAGAUUGCUGGCGAUCCUCAUGCUCCAGCUAUAAUGAUAGCAGAAAAAGCAGCUGACAUGAUCAGAGGAGUAGAUACUGUUGGUAAAUGGAGACGUCAAGUGGACAGUGCGAUCUCAGGUCGUAUAUCCAAAUAAGAUAGACGCUAUCAAUAGGUAAAAGGCAACUGUCAAUAUCAUGGGAAUCGACACCUCAAUAAAACUAAUGUCUGUAAUAAACUUCUCAAACGAGAUCAGCUUGUCUUUAUGCAUUUCUUUUUUAAAUCACUAUUAUUUGUAUCAUUGCCUAUUUCUGCAACACAUAUAUCUAUUGAAAUAUCAUAAGAAAUAAAAUAAAGUACAGAGAUCAC